CCCCAUAACAAACGGCGCGGCGCUCCGGGGAGCCGGCUGGGAGCCACCCGCGGUGGGACCGGAGGGCAGACGAACCAGGGCGCGGGUUGGAAUAGCAGCCGCGCCAGCGGCGAGACCUGCGCGUGUCGGGGCGCAGCGGGACGAGAGUCGGGUCCCAGCACAGAGGACACCUUCUGCAAACAUGUCUGUGGACCCCUUAUCCAGCAAAGCCCUGAAGAUCAAGCGCGAGCUGAGCGAGAACACGCCGCACCUGUCGGACGAGGCGCUGAUGGGGCUGUCGGUGCGCGAGCUGAACCGGCACCUGCGCGGGCUCUCGGCCGAGGAGGUGACGCGACUCAAGCAGCGGCGCCGCACACUCAAGAACCGCGGCUACGCGGCCAGCUGCCGGGUGAAGCGCGUGUGCCAGAAGGAGGAGCUGCAGAAGCAGAAGUCGGAGCUGGAGCGCGAGGUGGACAAGCUGGCGCGCGAGAACGCCGCCAUGCGCCUGGAGCUCGACGCGCUGCGCGGCAAGUGCGAGGCGCUGCAGGGCUUCGCGCGCUCGGUGGCCGCGGCCCGCGGGCCCGCCACGCUGGUGGCCCCCGCUAGCGUCAUCACCAUCGUCAAAUCGGCGCCCGGCCCCGCCCCCGGGCCCGCCCCCGGCCCCGCCCCCGCCGCCUGCUCCUAGUCCCCGCCCCCGCCCCUCCGAGCCUCGCCCCCUCCCGCUUCCCCAAGUGCCUGAGAGCGCCACCUCUGGCCACAGCUGCCACUUCUUUGCAGCCACCAGCCCCGGUAGUGGACAAGCGUCCUCUCAUCUUUCUCUUGCUCAAACUGGGACCGAGUGGCCCCGGGAGGGGCGGCUUUGGAGAGAUGAGGGAUGAGACGGGGCUCUGAAGUUCAGCCAUCUGAGGUUGGGCGGAUGGGCUGUCGGAGUGGAGAUCACUGCAUAUUUGUAACGUUGUGCCCACAACCCCUCCCUACACCCCUUCCACCACUCACAAGUUCGGCUGGGCCCUUGGCGGCACCUUGUGGAUGUUCCCCCACUCUGCUGUGGGUCUGGGAGUCCUUAGGAGUCUCCAAGUUAACAGAUAGGAGCAGGGCCUUACAGUGGUUGAACUGGGAGGAAGAGCCAGGUCUCCCCACUGAGAUUCCAGCCAUGGGGGCAGUGAACAGGGACUGGAAAGGGCGGUGGGAGGCCCUCGUGGGCCUGGAGAUGGCUCUUCUGAGUCAGGGGACCCAUGGCAGAAGGAGAGAGAAGGUGAUGCAGAUGGAUGAGUGGGACAAUGAGAGGGACGGAAGAAGCUGCACUGGCUCAGCCCAGGGUCUUCCUGUACCAGGGAGCCAGCCAGCCAAGGAGAAGGGGAAGCUAGAAGGUGCUGGCGGGGGAGAUAAGGAGGAGAUCCUGUGGCCUGGGGUGGGGAUCCUCAGAAGGGAAGGCCCCCCAUCAGUCCUCUUGUGAAUGUCCACUGUAGGUGGGGCUGACCACUGCCACUGACUGCAAUUUUGCCUGAAGGCCCAGCCCCCCACCCUGCACUGUAUACUGCCCCCCCCCCGCCCCGCGCUGUUUAUUUAUUGCACGAAUCUAAGUUAUUCUUCCCUGUCAGUGUCCUGGUACCCACUUCCUGAGAAAAGUGGUGUACAUGGCCCUGAGCUGGACUUUAUAUUUUAUAUCUGCAAAUAAAUCACAUUUUAUCUUAUAUUUAGGGAAAGUGGAGUGGCAACUUUAACCACAAAGGAGUUUUUUAAUUACCUGGCCUCCAGAGUUUUAUUUAUUUUCUGACCUACAGUAAAGCGAGUUAUACGCCUUCUGUAUUUUGUAGACUUUCUGAAUAAAGUCAAGUUCUCUUUUUCCACAGAGAAGUGUA